AGAGUUUCUUCACAGACGAAGACAUGAGCAUCCUGAAGAAAUUCAAGCUGUACAUGGAGGACAACUGGAACAAGUGUGACAUGGUGGCCAUCUCACUCUUCGUAAUCGGUGUGUCCUGCAGGAUGAUGAAAGACACGUAUGAGGCAGGACGAACGGUUCUGGCGCUGGACUUCAUGGUGUUCACACUGCGUCUUAUCCACAUCUUCGCCAUCCACAAGCAACUGGGGCCCAAGAUCAUCAUUGUGGAGAGGAUGAUGAAGGAUGUGUUCUUCUUCCUGUUCUUCCUGAGUGUGUGGCUCAUAGCGUACGGCGUGGCUACUCAGGCCCUUCUCCACCCCAACGACCCGCGCCUAGACUGGGUGUUUCGCAGGGUCCUGUAUCGACCCUACCUGCACAUCUUUGGCCAGAUCCCACUGGAGGAGAUUGACGUGGCACGGAUGCCCGAGACCAACUGCACCACGGUGAUAGAGGAGAUCAUCAUGGGAACUCUGCCCCCUUGUCCCAACAUCUACGCAAAACUGCUGGUCAUCCUACUGCUGGUCAUCUUCUUACUGGUUACCAACGUCCUGCUGCUCAACCUCCUCAUCGCCAUGUUCAGCUACACAUUCCAGGUGGUGCAGGGCAAAACAGACAUCUUCUGGAAGUUCCAGAGGUACAACCUGAUCGUGGAGUACCACAGCCGGCCUMCCUUAGCCCCGCCCUUCAUCAUCAUCAGCCACUGCUCCCAGCUSCUCCUCAGCCUGGUCAAGAGGCCUGYGCCCAAACUGGAGCAACUAGCAGCCCUACUGCACAUCGUAGUGUGA